GAGAGAACUCACUUGUUUGUGUGUGAAGAGGAAGAAGACUCUCUGAGCGCUAAAAACUCGCUCCUGUCCGCCUUUUCAGCGAUUGUCACGGGAUUUCAAUGUUCAGCCUGUUUGUUUGUUUCCGUGCAGAUCCCAGCCGCACAUUUAUGGCGUUUGUGAGUGGAGACUUCUGCCAUGCUCAGCACCUCAGCAUUGUGAACAAGUGAAUCAUCAGCCCCCUGCGGGACUACGCAACCCAGAAACCCCCCUGACAGCUAUCACUGGGCCCCGUCUGUCUCUCCUGAAUCCCCCUGGGAUUACGCGUAGUCCUCAGCCUGAGCACAAACAAGUUCUCUCUCCCUCCCCUGCCGCUUUCUGUCUCUACAGUCAAUCCAAAACACCUCUCCUGAAUGGGCCGUCUUGCCAACAUGAACCGCCCUGCCGCUGUUGAAAUUACCUAUGAGUGCAUGAGAUUCCUCAUCACGCACAACCCUACCAACUCUACGCUCAACAAGUUCACAGAGGAGCUGAAGAAAUUUGAGGUAAACACACUUGUGCGUGUGUGCGAGGCCACUUACGACAAGGCUCCGGUGGAGAGGGAGGGCAUCCAGGUCCUGGACUGGCCCUUCGAUGAUGGAGCUCCACCUCCUACCCAAAUUGUUGAUGAUUGGCUAAAUUUGGUGAAGACCAAGUUCCGCAAUGAGCCAAGAUGCUGCAUUGCCGUGCACUGUGUGGCAGGAUUGGGCCGAGCACCUGUACUUGUGGCCUUGGCCUUGAUCGAGAGUGGGAUGAAGUAUGAGGAUGCAGUGCAGUUUAUCCGGCAGAAGAGACGUGGAGCCUUCAACUCCAAACAGCUUCUUUACCUCGAGAAAUACAGACCUAAGAUGCGCCUGCGGUUCAAGGAUCCCAAUGGUCCCAACUGCUGCAUCCAGUAAAGUGCCAGUUGUACACAACUAAUGGGAAAUUCACUUAGUGCAAGCUGUGGGUAAUUAAUGUGAUGGUUAAUAUUCUGAGUCAUGACUAAUCGAAUUACCGAGAUGUAACAAAUUAAACCUGAUCUGUGGAUUCACCAGCUGUAUGAAUGAGAGAGGUCAAAGCACACAGAUGUGGCUGCCUCCUGGUUACCAGUGCACCAGUCAUGGCUAUAACUCACAGCAAUUCCCCAUGACUUCCCAAUGUCCGAUCAUGGGAUAACUUUUUAUUCUCCAUUAUUCUAAAGUGAAUUAUUUUAACCAUUAUGAAAAGGUCUGUAUUUGUGUAAUGCUGUUGGUUGUGAUUAAAUUGAACGUAACUGUUAUAAUUGGACAAGAGGAUAUACACUUUUUUUUUUUUUUUAAAUUAAAAAUAAAUCAGACUAACUUUGUUUUAUUAAAACGUUUUUAGUUGCUGAAAAGGACCAAAUGAGCUCUUUUCUCCACUUCCUGAAGUCACUUUUAAUUUAGGGUCAGAAUGGGUUUUAAAUGUCAACUGUAUUUAUUCACUAUAAUUAUCGAGUCUUGUCAGGAGUAUGGUUGGGGCCAGAACACUUUCCCCUUUUAUGGAGCCAUGUUCUUUCAUUUUAGUUUUCUGAAUCUCUGGGGAGUGCAAUAUUCAGUCCAGUUUAGAAAAGCAAUCAUUCUUUAGGACUAUUCUACAUGUGCGCGUACACAGACAGAGGAGAAUGGCUUGAUUUAGGUACUUUUCAAUUGCCAUGUCUGCUUACUCUUUCGUAGUGGGUCAGUUAAUGGCUUUUGCUCUAGGCCAGACUGUCCGUACACUUUUGCUGUGACCCUCUUCAGCCCAUAGGCACACUCAAGGAAAUGAUGGAUGGGAAACUUGAUUUAUUAUUAUUUUUUUAAUCUUUGCCCACAUUUUGAAAAUAUCCCCAUCUUGUUUUUAAAAUGAAUAAACAAUUGAUAUGAA